ACUAUAUCGACAAUUGUCUCACGAAAGUAGAUUCAGUGACCACGUGCAUAGAAGAGCGUUCCUCAUCUUUUGUAUAUAUCAGUACAACAGGAUUAUUGUAGCCCAGUGAUUCAAACUGCAUUGGAACUUAAUAUUUUAUUUUUAAAUUUUUUAGUUGUGUCUAAGGAAUGGGUUUAUUAGUAAAUCAAAUAACAGUGUUCCUGGCUAUUCAACUGACUUUCUCAUACUCUUGGGCAAGAGUUUUGGGACUGCCUAGACCGGAUGCUCAAGGAUUAUUUUUCAAAGAGACACUUCCUGAAAUAACACAAGUCUUCAAACACGACAGCGUUGUCUUACACUGUCAAGUCGGCGGAAUGGAGCCUACAAUCCACUGGUUGAAAGAUGGAGUAAGAAUUGAACAGGGUGACAACCAUGAUUACAGAAACGAUCAAACUGAAUACGAGAAUCCUGGUUCAGUUUUCGGGAAAUCUUUCACAGCAUCAAAAUUAUAUUUGGACUGCGUGAACGAUGAUAUGGAAGGGGUUUACACUUGUAUUGGGGAAACACCCACCGCAAGAAUAUCACAGGACACCACUCUUGUCCAAAAACACCCAAGUGAUGAAUUUUCCGAAACGUCAAUCGAUGAAUUUUCUCACAGAAGCUGUUUGGAGAAACGAUCAAUGAGAAAUAGGGCUGCUAGAAUUUACCUAUGGACCAGUCUACGCCUGGAAGUGAUAGGCGAGGCAGUUCAACUGUACUGCCGAGCUGAGGGAGUUCCAACACCUCAAGUUAGCUGGCUGGACAAACGAGGACGGGAAAUUCCACUGGAAAAUGAACAUUUCAAGAUAUUAGAAAAUGGUGAUUUGCUGAUUAAACAGCUAAAAUGGGGUCAGAUGGGCAGCUAUGAAUGUCAAGCAUCAAACCGAAAGGGUUCAGAUUCUCAAAAUAUAUUCAUUUAUCCAAUGAAGGUAAGCAUUUUUAGCUCGAGUUUUCUAUGCAUAUUUGUAAAGCAACGGUAGAUGCAGUGUAUAGGGACUAUCAGUCUAAAUUGUAAGAACUCAGCGAGAUUAAUUAAUGUUUCUUUUUCUUUUCCAUUGCAGUCGACAAGCCCGUAGAAAUGAAUACUAAGACCACAGGCUUCUCCUUGGAACAAAAGGACUGGAAUUCUGUCUCGAAUCGCUAUUCUAAUACUCGUUGUUGCUUCGGAUAGGAGUUGAAAUUUUGACAGGGUGUUUGCUUUCCUGCAUCAAUGACACAAAACUCUUUCCCCGCUUAAUGACAAUAUAGCUCGAACUUACAAAUACACUUGGAUAAAUUCUUUUGAGUGGCGAGAGGAAGCAGCUGAUUGGAAACAUUUCGAUUCGCGGAGGCCAUCAGACUGUUCGUUAUUUGACUCUUCGGCCAUCUCUAUAUAGGAUUCUUUGACCUUUUACUUAGAGAAUGCCAUAUUAUUUUCGAUGAAAGAAGUAACAUCGAAGACCAUGCGCCAGGCCCCCUUAACUGCCAUUGAAAGUCCGUUUUGUGAAGAAAGAUUUAUUUAUUAUUUAUUUUUUAAAUUAUUUUGUGCAAUGAUUUGUUGUUACUGUUGAGUACUGUUGUUAUUUUCAUUAUUUCACAUAAUCCACUUUAUAUGAGCUGUAGGUUUGAGAGUAUUUAAUGCCUGGUGCUUAUAUGUUCUAUAGGCAUUUCAGCUGUGAACUUGGGGUUUGAGUGUUUUUAAAAAUCUCGAUGCUACAAUAUUGAAUUUUGACGCAAAGUGAUUGUCAAUUGUUCACAAAUAUUAUACAUACUAGGACCAAACGUUAACCAAAGUUUUUUCUGUCCAAUGUUUGCUCAGAAGUGUACGAGUGCAUCAUUUAAUUCUCUCUUCAUCUAUUUAUAAUCAUACAAUUGAUCAUGUGCCAGUCUUGUCAUCUAUAUGUAAGAUAUUAUAUUUUUUGUUCUAUUUUAUUAUUUAUUUUUGCAGAAAUGCAAUUUGUGCUCAAAUUAAAAAGUUUAUGGUUAAUAAAGAAACCGUAAAACUAA